UGUAUAUAUACAUAUAUAGUAGAUCUUAGAAAACUUAAGUCAACCAAUGGCUGCAUUCAGCGAACUUAAUAAUUCUAAUUGAGCAGAGGCAGAGGUAUAGCAGUGAUAUCUAUUAUGUAAUGGUAUUGGAUUUACUGAAUAAUGAAUUACAAGUUGAAGCAACAGGUUGAUGACAUGAUAGAGGCUUCUGUUUGCAUAUAGAUUAAGUUGUAAAAAUAUGACAUUAGUACUAGUAGAAGCUGAUUAUAUUUUCAGUAAGUGCAUUAAUACUGUUGUAUGGUGCUACUAAAAGGUAGCUUAAAUAAAUUCUGUUAUUAAAUGUGACAUAAAAAUACUCAAUGUAUUCUGAAGUAGUGUUGUUAUAGAGGGAUACAACAGAAAAAUACUCAACUACUCCAGAAUCAUAAAGCAUGUCAGUUGUUUCUCUUAAGUUCAGGGUUGUAAAUUUAGAUUGUAUUCCUAGAGAUAGUUUGUUAUACAAUAUCUCACUAGUCAACAGAAAAAGGGCACUUAAAUGCAACACUUUAUAAUCAUAACAAAAAACUUUAUGGUAUUCCACUUAUACAGAAAACAAAGUAAAUGAUUAUAAAGUACAGGUCUAUUAUACUGUGUAGAUAUCAUGAUUGAAUUUCUUAUCAUGGUUUUUUUUAUAGUUACUUAAAGACAACAGGUGUGCUGAUUCUUAGAGAUAUAUGAAUUAAAUAAUUGCAGAACUGGAGAAAAUGUCACAAAAACUAAAAAAAUUUACACCUUAAGGCAACUCUAGCAAUAUAAGUUUAAUAAAUAAGAACAUUUUUGACCUAAUUUGAUAGGUCUUACUCAGUUAUUGAAUACAAACUGGAAGCGACAUAUUCCACAACUGAAGACCUAUCAAAUUAGGUCAAAAAUGUUCUUGUUUAUUAAACUUAUUUUGCUAGAGUUGCAUUAAGGUGAAAAUUUUUUAGUUUCCAUGACACGUUUAUUGAAAUAUAUUUCAAACACUAUUGACAGAUAAUUAGUUUAAAUAUGCAAUGAUUAUGAUAAAUUUUUUGUGUUAAAUUAACUAGACUGUGUGGUGUGGAUAACUAAUCAAAAUGUAUUCAUUAACAGUUAAGAAUAUAAAAUAUAAAUCAUUUUAUGGAGCAACUAAAAUUCUCAUACUGUAAAAUUAAAAUGGGAAUGCAUGAUACUUAAAAGCUAUGUAAUGAAUAAAGAAAAGUGCUUCAUCAGUUGAGACAACAACGACUAUUUUCAAAGAAAUAGAUUUCUUUAUUGUAGAGUUAUUUCAAAAUUCAUGCAUGGAUAAUUUUUCAGAGUGGUUAAAUUUAUUAAAAAUACAAUAUCAGCAACUUUCUGAUGAAGAGCGUAAUCUUACCCUGGACUGUUUAAUUUCUACUAGUGGAGCUUCUCAGUUAUGGCAUUUAUGCAACCAUAUAGAACAACUACGCUACAGAGAUUUUAUAAAACUACUGCCUCCAGAAUUAAGAGAAUAUGUCUUAUGCUAUUUAGAUGGAAAAUCUCUCCUAAAAGCAUGCUGUGUCAGUCGAACGUGGAACCAAUUAAUAAGUUCUUCUACGAGGACUUGGCAACAUGCCUGCAUAUCACUCGGACUUGUGAUCAAUAAUUAUCUCAACAGCACGGACAGUUCGUAUUGGAAAUCCUAUUUUAUAGAAAUGAUGAAUCGUAUCGCCGAGAUGAAGAUGGGAAAUUGUUUUAUUUCUAAAAUAUAUGAACGCCAUUUGAGAAGAGUGACAGCUGUGUAUUAUUCUGCAGGAAGGCUGGCAACUGCUUCAGAUAGCAAAACUAUUCAGCUUUGGGAUUGCCAUAAAGAUGAAUGUUUGCUGACACUUAGAACAGAUGCCAGUGUUGCAGCAAUCAUGUUUGAUGAGGAGCUUCUCAUUGUCUCUUCCUAUUUGGGUCAUCUGGUAUCAUGGGAUCUAGCAACAGGACAACGUCUAAUGGAAUAUUUUCGUCAUGUGGGAGCUGUUUUUACUUUCGAUUACUGUAAAGAUCUAAAUAUAGUAGUUAGUGGAUCAGCAGAUACAAGGAUUAAAAUUUGGUCUUUGCAGCAAGGAAAUAUGAUUACAACGUUGCAGGGUCAUUCUCUCUGGGUAUUGAAGGUAUUGUUAAGACCUUUCAAUCAAACAGGAAUCAACGAUGAACAAAUUUAUCACUUGUUCAGCAUGGACAAAGCCAACAUCAUGGUCUGGAUGUUACAGGCACAUCAACCAAAAACAUUAACAGUUACUUCAUUAUAUACAAUUCCAACUUGUGGAAAAGAAGCCAACUUAUUCACACCAGGUUUGCAUUUUGAUGGAAAUUUCCUAUUUUUUAUGAAACAAGAUGCAAAUGCUAGUGCUUACCUUUGUAAGUGGGAUGUGAAUUUAAAGAAAAUGGAUUUAGAAGUUUCUUUAAAAUGUAAUGUGAAAGUAUUGCUGGGAGUUGGACAAAAAUAUGCUGCCAUUAUGACACCCUGGCCAAGUAAAGGGGUGCCUAACUUUAUAGUAUUUGAUUUGACGACAUUGGAAAAUGUAGCCUUGUGGCAUCUGCCACCUUCACGUCCUUCUACACCAGAUUGUUCUCAAAUGACAUUGGGAGAUUGCAGAUGGUUAGAUGGUUUGGAUGGCAAGAACGAUCAAGGUGUCUUGCUAGCAGCUGGAUUAGAUGAUAAUACUGUAUAUGUUGUUAAGUGGUGUCCAAGAAUAGAGGAAGAAACACUUCCACACCUUCCUGAGACUUAAGUUUAAAACUUUUAACAUUAUAAAUAUCGUAAUUAUAAGAAUUAACAAAGUUAUCACAAAACUAUAAUUUAUUUGUUAAUUUCUAUCAUUUUGCAUAAACUACUUAAUAGAAUUUUAAGAUUAUGUCAAUUUUAAUGCAGAUUGUAGCAUUUUGCCAUUCUUUGAACAGUGAUUUGAGAUAAUUAAAUUACAAAUGUAAUUUACUAUUUUUGCACCAUUGCCAUAUCUUGAAAAUACAUGAUGCAAAAUUUAAAUUCCGACCGAUGCUGCCAAAGGCCAACAGGUAAUUGUCUAACAUUUUUUUGACAGUCACAUUAAGGAGUACAAAAGCCCAAUAAUGAUCUUUUGUAUUCUCUAAUACAGAUUCUUCUAUUUUAAGAGCUAUGCAAUAGCUGCAGAUUUCUCCACAAAUAUAGACAAUUAUUUCUAAUGGAUUUUUUUAAUAUAUACAUAUAUAUAUAACUAAAUAUGUAUGCACUUUAUACAAGUUGUAUUUUGAUGAUAGUAAUUCUUCCAAAUGCUCUCUGCCAAGCAUUUUGAUACGACACUCCUUGGUAUCUUAUUUGUCACAAUUCUUUUUAUGUCAUUGGAGUGUCCUUCGUUUCAUUAAUCUGCACUUAGCAUUUUCCAACAUACAUUUGUGUAUAAUAACUGAAUAAAAUGCAAGUGAUUUACAUUAAUCACAAAAAUAAUUUUUGUUGUAAAUAAUAUACAAAUGUAAGUAUAUAAAAAUUAUUAGAUUUUUAUCAUCAUGUAUUUAAAAUUGUAGAUUUAUAUAAUUGCAGCUAAUUAGUUAUAAUUGACUAAUUUUAAAAAUUAUUGUGUAAUUUCGUAUAGUCAUAAAAAAUGUCAUAGAUGUAACUUCAGAAGUUUGAAAAAUACUUUAUUUAUAUCAUCUCUAAGCUUGAUCGACUACAAGAAUUCAUGAAUAAUUUAUUAAUGGAAUACUAUUUGUAUACUUUUGUACAUAUUGUUUAUAAGAAGUUAACAAUAAAUUUGAGAUAGAUUUUCACGGAAAUAACACAAUAUUACUUGUUAAACAACCCCCUUUGUAUGAAAAUACUUUAGAUUUUUAAAAUCUGUCCAUUAUGUUGUCAAAAGUUUUAAAUUUCCAGUUUCUAUCUGGACAAAGAGUAAUGUGAUAAUUACUGUCAAAAUUGUAAUUGGUAUAUUUCAAGAAAUUUGCUUGUUGAGUAAAUAAAUUUCAGCUCUUUUUAAUCUAAUGUUUGUUCAUCUUUUUUUUUCUUCAAAUACAUACAUUAUUAUAAAUUCAAAUAAUGUAAGGAUAAGAUAUUUCUGUAUCAGAUACAAAUCUUCAAAAAAAUUACAUCAUCACAAGAGCCACUUAUAUAUCUAACCUUUCCACUCCAUAUAAUAGAAUCAGAUGAUGAUGCAGUACAUCUUACAAAUGGCAGCUGACAUCUAUAAAUUUACAUACAUUGAACAAGUAUAGUAUAUGAUGUACAGAUGUCAUCUGGAUAAAUCAUUAACAUUGAAAUUAUAAUUUAAAAUUUAUACACAGACAGAUUGUUAGGAAGCUGCAUAUUCUAAAAAUAGAAAAAUAGUUUUGUUCUCCAUGGAAGAUAUUUGUGUAACUUUCUUUCUCUAACAGAUGCACAAGAUAUGCUGUACUAAGGAAUAUUGCUUUCUGUCUCAGAUGGUGCAAUAGCAGCAAAUUGUUGAUAUCACAAGACAAAUAUUUUAUUAAACUCAAAAUUAAAUCUGAACAAAGCAGGAAUGUUUAAUCAAAAAUCUUAUACUGUCCUGUAGAUAAACCAGAUAUGAUUCAUGUUAGCAGCACAAAGAUGGGAUAUCCGUGUUUUGAGCAGAGUGCUAGUUUUCUUUUAUGUUGGAUACUGGUUGUCAUUUGAUAUAAAUUAAAAAACAGACAAAAUUGAGAGAUGAAAGUAUUAUGGUUUGUACUAGGACCCAGUGUUGUUGACUUUAGUAGACUGGCUUAAAUUCCAGGAAGUCUUUAAGUUCCCAAGGUGAUUUGACUUGAAACUUGAAUGCAUUAACAGUGACUCAAUUUAUGACUUGAAAAUAAUUAAUGCACUAAUCAUAUCUUAUCUUAAAAUGAUGGAACACAAAGUCGAUUUAAAAUAGUAAGUUGUUAUUUCUGUAAUUUGUAUCAUCAUCUGUUGGUGAAAUAGGUCUGAAGGUAAUUCCAGAAAAUAAUUUGAGAUUUGAAAACAAGACAGCUAGGACCAUAUAUAAUAGAGGUAUAACUGUAUAACAUAAUGUCAGUUACUACAGAAAGAUAUAACCUCUGACGACCUCCCUGCAAUAUUUGCAUGUUCUUUGGUAAUUUUGAACCAAACUUCUUUUUGUUUUAUAAAUGACAAUCUGUAGAAAAUUCAAAUCAAAUCAGUAACUAGAGUAGAAAAUCAACAUUUUUUGGUAGAAUUCAUUUUAAUAAUUUUAAAACUACUUAGAUAUGUUGUUUAAUAACUAUUUGAUUAUACUUCUUUCCAAGCUGUAUUCUAUUAAAGACAAAUGUUUUUUUCUAAUGUCAUAAAAAUAAUUUGCAUCUUCUAUUAUCUCUUUGGAGCUUUGAGUGUCUUACAAACUUUUAUGCAGUGGUCUUUGAUGUUUAAAUUUUCAAAAUGCUAAAAAGUUUAUAGCUUUGAGACUGAAAGGGCAAAAUGCUUUAGAAAUUGCAGAAUGACUGGACAUGAAAUUUUAAAAGUAACAGAUCUAAGACUGUAGUGGCUAAUUCCUGAAGAAUUCUGGAAAAUAUGGGCAGCAAAAAUGCACCGAUAUACCAUCUUAUCACUUGGGCUUUGCUAAACCAAAAUUUUGAUAUUGAUAUUGGGCUUGAUACCAAGAUUCAUUCAACAUAUCAAUAAUUGAUAAAUUUCUAAAAUAUUGAUAUCAACAUUGUAAAGAUUUAUCGAUUUUUGUUUGAAAUAUCACAGCAUUAACACUACUUACCCCUCAACAAAAAAAGAGCAGUUGUCCAUUGUUUCUUUUUUAGAAAUAAGCUCUAUCAAGUUAUCAAAUUAUAAGGGAAAUCUUGGCACUAGUCAAACUGUGUGUAAUGUUUACAAAAGAAUGUUCAGUAUGCAAAAUUCAGAGAAGUCACAUCUUUCUCUUAAAAAACAGCAUAUGAAAGAAAAAUUUGCCAAGAAACACUGCUUUUAGACCGCAGUGAAAAGAUGUGUUUUUGGAUGAAAAUAAAUUCAACUUAGAUUGAUUAGAUGUUUCCAUUACUGUUGGCAUGACAUUCAUAAAGACAAGGCCUUUUUGAAAGGAUGAAUUUGAAGGUGGAUCUGUGAUGAAAUGGGGUGGUUUUGCAGCAAAAGAAACCAUCCCAAUUAUUUUCAUACAAUGUAAAACCAGUUCACAGACCUAGCUGAAAACUUAAGAGAGCACCAUUGCUAUCUCUGAAGACUAUUUGAUCAAAAUCAUGGUUUCAAACCAGUUCAGUGAAAUUGCUUGAGCGGCCAGCCAGAAGUCCUGAUUUAAACUCCAUGGAAAACCUGUGGGGCAUUCUCGCCCAUGAAACAUUAAAAAAUGGCACAGAAUAUGAAAACAAGCACAAUCUGAUGAAAUUUGCCUGUGAGAAAAUCCCCAAUCAAACUGUAACUAGACUUUCUCAAUCCAUGACAGUACAAAUGAUUAAGAUAAUCGAAAAGGGUGAUUUUCUUAAUUAUUAACGUGGUUACAGAAUGUAAUUAAAGUUGUCAUGCUUUUUCUCAAGUUUCAUUCUAUACACAAUUUUGUGAAAUGGCACUGUAUUAUUAUUGUUAUAAUUUGACAUUAAAGAUAUUUUAAUGUUUUGUAAUUUUUAAGUGCUAAAUAUGAUAUAAAUUGAUUAAAACUUUAUGUAAUUAUACAAAUUUAUAAUUUUUUCUUAAACUUUUUUCGUCGCUAUCUGAAUAGACAGCCUGAAAAAAUAUUCUAUUGGGGCUUGCUUGGCACUAAGUGUUGCAUUUCUAUCUGAGGAAAUCACAUUACAUACUGAGAUUAAGAUAUUUGUACUUGUAUGCCAAAUAAUAAAUGUGUGUGUUAUAUGUUUGGGUCAUUUUUAUUAGUAAAUAUGUAAAUUGAUUUUGAAUUAAAAUGAUUAGAAUAUGAAAUUCAAGAACCUGAUGGUUGGUACAGUUUAUUUUUCAAUAUGUUUAUGGUAUAUUAUUCCUUAAUUCUCUAUGGACUGUCUCCAGAUGUUUUCAAUUGAUAGCGAACAAGAAGUACGUCCUGAGAAACCCGAGCUUAGUGUCUAGUUUAAAUUCUUUGGAUGGACUGAUUUUUAAGGACCUUUGUUCUGUAUUAUUUUAUUUUUUGCUAAUAUUUAUUAAUAUUUUUGAUUUUUCUUACAGCAUUCUUUCAUAAUUUUUAU